AUGGUUUUUGCCAGGCAGCCGUCAAUCCCGCUACCGACUGCUGUACAGAUGACGGAAAGCACGCUGCCGGACAACUUGAGAAACUGGAAAACGAAGUGGACGGAUUUCGUCAUGCUGACUCAUUUGGAUUCCUUUCCGAUGCCUUACCAACUUGCUAUGUUCAGACUCCCUAUUGGUGACGAAGCCAGAAGUGUACUUGAGACUCUGGAGCGCGGUGAUGCGGAGGAGCAGGAGCCGGACAUUUCAGAGAUAAUUAAGAGAU